ACGUUCAUUCUCGUGUUCUACUAGUUCUUCCCCGAUGAAAUACGAUGGAUGCUCAUUGUCAGACCGAUGCUCGUAUAGGGAUACCAUAGUUUGUCGUAAGGUCCAAGAAAUUUUAAUCACUAUAGUUACAAUGAUUGCACUUAUCCACUCUACCAACUCCAUACUAUCUCUGAUCCGUCCGUUCCCGUUUGGUUGAUUUUAUCUACUGAAGAAAGCGGUCAAAUUUCAAUUGAAAAUAACCUAAGAAUACCAAAUUUAAAAGAUCUUUAAAUGCAUAUCCGUUGCAGGAGAAGCUAUUAGCAGGUACAUCCUUGCAUAUAAAUAAUAUUUGUAACAAAAGGGAAUUGACAAAGGUUUUAUGUACCUAGCGCCAUGGAAUUAUACCCUUGGAUCAUAAAACUCGGUACAGACAGGAAAGUACCUAACAGUUAGUACAAGCAGGCUGUUUUUUCAAAAUAUAAUGGUACCAUUUUAUACCCAUUCGAAUAACAGGUACGGCAAAGUUGUAGGCAUAAACAACAGGCGUACUUAAUUUGUAUUAUAGCUCUCGGAAGGUCAGUCUAAGGAUAUGCGAUAUAACCAUUAGGAAAUUAAUGGGCUAAUGUCUCUGUAGCAUAUUAUGGAAAGCAGACGAAACGAUACCCGACUAAUGAAAGUUUUUCUUUUGAAUUCCUUCAGCUCUACACGCUCGCUUUGUUAGUUGGGUUAGGAAUAUUUGACCGUUGGAUUAACCGUUGUGCUCUGUCAGCCCAGCUUGUUUAGAUUUGUCUGCAUUUGUAAACAUUGAAAACAUCGAAAGGAUGGAAAAUGCACCAAUCGUGGAGACAAAUUCAGAAAUACCGGCCGGCAACCUAGUGGAUCCAUUUAGCAAUCAAGAAUAUCUUCAAAGAAAACUUUAUUUUUUGCUGGAGCAUCUUAAGAAAAUGCACAAUGAUCUGCCAGAGCAGUAUCAGAUGAGAAUAUCGUACGACUUGUUAGCUGGCCUGGCAAAUUCCUUGCUGAACGACACAAUAUUUGAAAUUGUCAAAGGACUGAUGGAGAUUCAGCACGUAACCGAGGCCCAUUUGAUGCAAGUGCGAGAGAAAGUAGAGAAUGAUCAUCAGCUGGAGGUAAAACAAUGGGAGACUAAAAUACAGGAUCCCGAAGAACUGGAGCACAUUAUCGCACUGAUGAAAAUUAAACACGGGAAAAAUAUGAAAGAAACCGAUAUGAAACUAGUGCUCCAUUUAGAUCAGAAAGUGAAAGAUCAACAAUCUACCCUUGAGAAGGCUGGAGUGCCCGGAUUCUAUGUAACGGACAAUCCGAAGGAGAUUAAAAUCCAGAUGUACUUAUUGGACUUUAUUCUUCGACUAAGCAGGAUUAAAUUCGAAUCCAACAAAUAGCAUUCGGAAGAACCUGAAUAAUUGUUGCUGAAAUUAAGCAAACCACCAAAGCAUCUGAAAACAACAGCUGCUGCCAAUGCGCCAUGAGCGUAUUCAUUUCGCUUCUGACAGUCUUCAUAUUGGUGGCUGUAGCGGUCGCAUUGGGAAUUUACUUCGGGUUGCUGAACUUCGACAAUUCAGCUCCGAACGUAACGGACUUUGUCCACAAAACUGGCGAUUCCAUUAAGGAUAGCAUUAAGGACAAGUUCAAUUAAUUCGUUCCAUUUGGCUUGAAAUUAUUUCCGAAAUAUUUACAUCACAUUUAUGCAUCUCAAAAUAAUAUUUUAAUGUGCCACAGUACACAAUGGCCUAUAAAUGUAAGCAACGUUAGCCGUACAAAUAAGUGCUUUACUCGUCGACUCUGUGCUACAAAACGCAGCCACAAUUACAUAGCUUACCAAAAGUAACAGAAAUAGUUCGGAGACAAUGAAAUAUGCUCAGGAAACAUGCACACUAUGGACAAAUUACACCGUGCAACGUUUAUGAACUUGAAAAAACGACAUGAACGUCUCAUCUGAACGAAUCGGACUUUGUUCACAUAAAUGGCGAUUCCAUGAAGGAUAGCAUUAAGGAGAAGUCCGAUUAAUUCGUUGCCUUUUUUAUACUGUUGCCACUAAUGUCUUAGCCAUUUACAUCACAUUAACGAAUCUCAAAACAAUAUUUUUGUGUGCCACAUUACACAAUGGCACAUAAAAUUAAGCAACAUUAGUCGUACAAAAAACAGUGCUUUAAUCGUCUACCUACACGAUUCUCUACUACCAACUAUGCGUCAACCAGCCAUAUAAAAUGGAGCCACAGCUACAUAGCUUCCAAGAUGUAAAAGAAAUACAAUACACGUAAUGAAAUAUGCUCAGGAAACAUUCACAGUAUUGGCGGUUCGGAUCAUGCAACGUUUUUUUUGUGCUGUAUUCUUUUCGCCAUCGCCAUUGCCGUUGCUAUUUAUUAUGGAGUGAUUCAAGUCGACGAGGAUGCUUCCGAUACAAUCAAGGAGACGGGAUCAAAAAUUAAGCAUUCCAUUAAGGAUGGUUUGAAAAAGUUAAGCGACGAUUGAGUUAUACUCAGAUAAGCUGUAAAACAAACGGCAUGAUGGAUACCGCUACCUGGAAUACAACACCACCAAUAACCAAAUACGUGCCAGCGAAGGGGAAUCGGACUACUUGCUCCAAUUUUUACAAACAGACGAAUCUGACCUGAUCUGGAAAAAAGCCUGACACAUGUCUACCUCGAGGGUAGCAUCACAUUAAGUAUAUGGAUCUGGAAUUAAUCUCCGCGGUGUGCUAAUUUAUUCAUUCGCUUUUUAUAACGUCUUUUAACGAUGAUACCUAUUUCAAAUACAUAAAAUAAAUACGUCUUUUGUGAGAAAAUAAAAGCUGCGCUCACGAAAAUAA